AUGAAUUCUCCAUACUUAGGGGCAUUUACAACGCAUUGCUUCAAUUUAAUAUUAGGUUAUAUACUUGUUAAUCAUCAAAUGCCACGAAUGUGUGCAACUACAUGGCUUGAACGUUUAUUUCAAUCAUGCCAACGGACAAGUAAUAAUCAAUCUUCUAAAGAUGAACAUUUAUCUGAAGAUCAACAUCGUUUAUUAAGGUAUGAAAAGUUACUACAUUUUGGAAAUGAUGCGUUCAUCCGGUUUCGGGCUAUAUGGAAAUGUGCACGAUUUUGUGCUAUGAAUAAAUUGAAAAUACCGCUUGGCAAACCACAAGAAACAUUUUUAGCACUUGAAGAAACCUUACGAUAUUUUACUUGGCCAAUUGAUAACAAUACAAAAAAAGUAGAAGCAUCUUCGUCAGAACAAACAAGUUGUUCUUCAACAUCAACAUCAACGAUAAAUCAUCCAAUAAUCUUAUCAUCAUCCGGCGAAAUAAAUGUUUCAACAGAUAAAGGUGAUUGGUGGUGUGAUUUACAUUGUUGUGGUCUUUUAUUGCAAUUAAUUCAAGUACUGGAAAUGUGUAUGCACAAUGCAAAUAAAGGCGUUGCUCUUUCACUUCCACAAUUACCAAAAACAUCGGAAUUCGAAUUUGUAAAAGUAUCAUUUGUUCAAUCACUUAUUAAACUUCAUAAUAGUAUGGCUAUCCAUGGAAUUUAUGGAUGCUUAAAAAAUAUUCAUCAACUUGAUUGGUCAUGGAUACAAGCUUGUGAACGUAAAGCUGCUGGAAAUCUUGAUCAAGCAGCUUAUGAAUAG